UGCUGAGAGAUACUUUGAGUGAGUUUACCCGCCGAUAAAGUCUUUAAUUAUGUUUAGAUGGUCUUUAUAAUCAUGCGAGCUAUCGAUAUUAUUUUCCCUUUCGCUAUGGCCGACCCAGAUCCCUGUAUGAUGUCGAGGAAACUCGUGGAGAAGUGCGAAUGCAAACAUUGCUACUUCAUAAAAUGGGUAUUGAUACCGGAGAUGGUCGAUGGUCGUUAUUUCUGUGAGCCUGGGUCCAGGGAGUUCGUCGAGCUCGAUUCCGUCGACGUGGAGCACCUAGACCGGAAGACCAGUCGCAAGAACGUGUUACAUCGGGUGACGGCACGCGUAAAGUUUUCCGGAGUAACAUGUGACUUUCCUCUUAUUAUCAAACUGCUUAAACAUAUGGAAACUGUGCCAUCUGGCCCAUUCUUGAACGAGGAGAUGUUUUACAGCAAGAUGACGCUUAAUUAUGGAACAGACGGUAUCUCAAAGUGUUACGUGUCCGACCUAGGUCGAUUCGAUGAUCAGGCUGUUAUCGUAUUGGAAGAUCUGGCCGCGAGUGGUUACACACAAGUAGAUGAAAAAUUGGAUGAGGAUCACCUAAAGUUGUGCAUGAAAGCUUUGGCGACGUUUCACGGCAAGGGAUUGAAUCUGAAGGCAUAUAAGUUUCCUAUUUUCAGAGAGUUCUAUGCGAAACUGUCUGAACCGAUUGACUGGUUGCACCUCAAUACAAGUCCUGGCAGUGUCAGAACAUCUGAACUUAUGGUUGAAUCGUCGUUGGAUAAUCCUGGAUGUUUGGACAAUUCAUUAUAUUCCGCGUUGCCAGUUGAGGAAAGUUUCUCCGAGAAAAUAAGAGCAAAACAAAACAUAACGACCAAACUCGAGUUUAACGAUUUUUGGACUAUCUGCCAUGGUAAUUUUACGCGGAAUAACUUGUUGUUCAGGUACGAGAAUGGAUGUCCGAGUGACGUAAAAGUGAUUGAUUGGAGCACAAUGAGGUACUGCUCACCAUCGAUCGAUUUCGGUCACAUUCUCCUCGAAAAUCUGCCCGACGACAAUAAUCUGCCAAAAGUCAAGGCAUUCUGCCAAAAUAUGUUGGAGAUUUAUUUAGACGCCGUGAAAGAUGUGUAUCUAGAAGUGGAUCGCGAACUCUUGGAACGAGACAUUAUCGCCAAGUUGCCGUUUGCGUACGGCAUGAUUGAAAAUCGGAUGCUCAGAGAAACAGGGAUGAUGUUGCGUGCGCUCCAUCAGUUAGGCAGUUUCGAUUAAAACCACUAUCGUCGUUUAUCAUUACAGUUAUUUAAUCUUUUAUAAUUUAUAGAGUCUUCGCGACAUUUAUUCCAUGUAUUAAAUUUCUCACCAUUUUAUUGUGCAUAUUCGUGAUAGUGGUAUACACGAAUAAAAUAGAUCAAAGUAAAUGUUACAGAUUGAAGUUCCAAGAUUUACUUUUGUCAUUAUACUUUUAAUUUAUAAACAAUAUGAUUAAUGUAAUUUGAUUUUAGAUUUUCAUUUCAUGCAGAAUGAUGAUGAAUUUUCGAGAUUUGAAAGUACAAACAAAUUAUUUCGUGACAGGCGUCGUUAUAGGGUUAUUAUUAAGGAUGAUAAAUUAAUGUCAUGUACACGAUAGUAUAAAAAUUUUUAUUAUUGUAUUUUUUCGUUUUUUAGACAGUUUAUUAAACUUGCAGGAUUGGUUGUUUUUAUACGGCAUAUGCACAUCGUACCACAGCUGCUGCUACGAUAUACAGUAUCAGUGUCCGGCAAUGAAAUGCGGUAUAGCAUGUUGCUUAAAAAUGCAAGUCCAUAUCGUUACUUUGGAUUUACUUUUUCUUUGCUCUUUCAAUGCUGAUUAC